AUGGUGUUGAAAUGAGAGAUUAUGCCUUUAAUUAAAUAUUUCAUAUUAAAAUGUAAGAUUAAGGGACAAUGCAUACUUUUCCACGAAGGGGAUUUCCUUUCUUGAAAAAAAUGUUUUUUUUAAAAAGAGAUCAGCAACUCCCAGCAUUGCAGAGCCUCGUUGUCUACUUUCACCAUCUGCUUUGCCGCUUUCAGUUCAGAGUUCUGUCAAACCCGCACACACACACAGCCAAGAUGGCGGAUGCCGACGAUUGGGACGCUGACAACUUCGAGCCGGACGUCGCGCCGAGCAAAAAGGCGGUAGUGCUGGACAAAUGGGAAGGCGAAGACGAAGAUGAAGAUGUGAAGGAUAACUGGGAUGAUGAAGAGGAAGAGAAGAAAACAGAGGCAAAGAAAUCAGAGGCCAAAGUAUCGGAGAAGAAAAAACUGGCCGAAAAAAUAAAGGAGAAAGAAAACCGGCUAAGGAAAAAGCAACAAGAGCUGAAAAAGAAUUUGGAUGAAGAGGAAGAGCUUACACCUGAACAACAGCUAGCAGAAAAGUUGAAAGUCCAGAAGAUGCAGGAGGAAGCAGACUUGGAGCUGGCAAAAGAGGCGUUUGGAAUUUCAGGGGGUAGUACCACAAACAAUGUUUCUGGAAUUGAAGCCAUGUGCCCAUCUUCUAAAGAGGACUUCACAGAGUUUGAAAAGUUGCUGAAAGUGAAGAUAUUACAGUAUGAAAAAUCUGUGCAUUAUUCGAGCUUCUUGGAGUCGUUGUUUCGGGAGCUUUGUAUUUCAUUGGAAGUUGAAGACUUAAAGAAAAUCAGCUCUUCCCUGACAGUUCUACUUAAUGAAAAACAGAAGCAAGAAAAGGCAAUCAAAGGCAAAAAGAAGAAGAAAGGAGUUGUACUUGGUGGUGGUAUGAAAGCCAAGGGGAAAGAUGACCUUGCAGACUAUGGAGAAUUCGAUGGUGGCUACACCCAAGACUAUGAUGACUUCAUGUGACGACGGCUAUAUCCCCACUGCCCUUUCACCUUUAACCCUCAGAAAUGCAGCUGUACUUCUCAUGCUAUCCAGUGUCAUCCUGGAAAAACCUGAACAAUGUGUCGCCCUUUCAUUUUGCUUCAAUGACCCGAGGGACUAUACAGGUAGCAUCCAGUACCAACACUUCUGUUAUUACAUAAUGAAAUGGCCUAUUCUCUCAUUCAGCCUCCAAACUUCAUAAAAAGAUACAAAACACAGUGAAAAAUACUUUCCACGCUGUAUGCGAUUUGUAGAGCACGUUUUUGAUUUUGAGAAAUUAUACACUCAUGUCAAAUUCCAGUUGCUACUGCAGUGACAUCUAAACAAAUUAGGUUCUAUGCAAAUAAUUUCACCCAGAAUGUCUAUAAAUAUAGGUGUUUCACUUUACCUGUCGAUGGGUUUCUUACAGGAAAGUAUAUAGUAUCUAUAACGUUGGUUGCCAAAUACACAUGUUAUCUUUAUCUAUUGAAAGUUGCGUUCAUGCUUUGAAACUGACACUACAUGUUUAGUAGUUUUUACAGGUGGCUUAUGCAUUCACUGUAAAAAUGGAUAGACAAGUGUAAUGCAUUUUAGAGUUGGGCGGUAUCUAGAUUUUUAUACCAUCAUACUGGUCCUGUACGCUCAAAAUACAUUUUAAGCGGCAGGGAUUUAUCCAGGAGGGAAUUGAUUGUCUCUGCUGUAACCAAGAAGCUUGAUCUUGCAAGCUAGCCACUGAUCUAGUAAGUUAGCAAACCAAAUGUAUAGCUGGAGAUAAUUUAUUUGGCAUGUCUAAAGAUAGUUGUUCUAAGCAGUUGUAUUCAAAAUCAUACAGUCUGUAUUUCAAAAUUAUAUGGUUUUACCGCCCAAGCUUAAUUCAUUUUUACCACAUAUGUGACUCAAACCUCAUGGACAUCCUUGAACAGUUGAGUGAUUUUAGUUCAUUUGUGUGCAUGACAAACAGAAUUUGCUCAUCAAUUACUACUAAUGCAGAUAAAAUUGUGAUCUGGCAUGUUCUCACACAACUGGUCUCCUUAACAUUGCUUCUGCAGGCUUGUAUCAAGUGAGACGAGGAGGGGGCUUAUGGGCUGACCUUAAUGUCUUCAUACUGGUAGAAACGGACAUGUUUAUUCCUAUUUUCUAACAUUUGAUAGUUUUCAAAUUGUUAAGGAAAUUGGAAAUGGUGUACAAUAUACCAUAAAAGAUUACCAGCUCUUCAGUGUUUUAUAUGCAUCUAAUUGAAUAAAAUCACUGGUCGAAAUGA